UCUGCUACAACCAGAACUAGGUGGGGUCAAUCAAGCGAAACCCAGCUGUUACUUAUUCUUCCUCUCAAUAUCUUGAACCCUUCCCUUCUUUUCUUGCCAAGAUCUGGUUUUCUAUCUCUUUCUCGCUUCUCUUUAGAGGGGCCAACUUUUCUUCUUCUUCUUCGUCUUCUUUUUUGUUUUCUGUUCUAUAGAUGCCAAAACUUAUCGUCUUGUGAUCAAGUACAAGGUACAACGGCUAGAAGAACAACCCCUCAAACUCAAAGAUCCAAACCAGAUUCAUUUACUCGAGGCUAAUCGGUGAAUGAUACAGUAAUGGGGCGGAAAGGCAAUUGGCUAUCUUCCAUUAAAAAGGCUUUGAGUCCCAGCUCCAAAGAAAAGAAAAGCCAGAAAUCAAAGAGGAACGCUUUUGCGGAUGAAAAAGCUUCAGAACCACCUAUUGCUCCAAACCCAGUUGUAGAAACCCUAAAUUCUUAUCAGAUUCCUCCACCAGAAGAAGUGAAACCAAUUGAGGUGGAAGACGAACAGACAAAACAUGCUUAUUCAGUUGCAGUUGCUGCCGCCGCUGCAGCUGAGGCCGCCGCCACCGUAGCUCAGGCUGCCGCCGAGUCUGUCCGACUCACCGAGUUGACUCGGUAUACCGGAAAAUCAAAGGAAGAAGUAGCUGCUAUCAGAAUUCAAACAGCUUUUCGUGGCCACUUGGCAAGGAGGGCAUUGAGAGCGUUAAGAGGGCUGGUGAGAUUGAAAACACUGGUGGAAGGGGCAGCUGUGAAGCGACAAACAGCAAACACACUGAAAUGCAUGCAAAAUUUGUCACGUGUGCAAUCUCAAAUCAAUUCCAGAAGGAUCAGGAUGUCGGAAGAGAAUCAAGCACUUCAGAAACAACUCCUUCAAAAGCGCGCAAAAGAAAUCGAAAGCUUGCAGAUGGGAGAAGAAUGGAACGAUAGUUUGCAGUCAAAAGAAGAGAUUGAAGCAAAACUAUUGAGCAAAUACGAAGCUACAAUGAGAAGAGAAAGAGCAAUGGCAUAUUCGUUUUCUCAUCAGCAACCAUGGAAGAAAGCGUCAAGAACAACAAACUUACUAUUCAUGGACCCCACGAAUCCUCAAUGGGGUUGGAGUUGGUUAGAGAGAUACAUGGCAGCCCGACCAUGGGAGACAAAUGAUCAUGCAUCAUCAUCAUCGGUUAGAACCGGAAUCAACAUUACCGGGAGUGAAAUCGCCAAGUCAUAUGCCCGACACCAGCUUAACUCCACACCUUCAACCCCGAAAACCGUUGGCCCGGUGGGCUCACGGAAGUUCAAGCCCGGGUCGAGCCCACGAGGGUUUGGGCUUGGCCCAGAUGAGGACUCCAAGAGUGUUUUUAGUGUGCAGUCCGAGAAGAAUAGAAGACAUAGCAUUGCGGGGUCUUCGGUUAGAGAUGAUGAGAGUUUGGCGAGCUCACCAUCGGUUCCUAGUUACAUGGCACCUACAAAAUCCGCGAAGGCUAAAUUGAGGGGACAAAGCCCGUUGGGCCCGAUAGAAAUCAAUGAUGGGCCCACCCCGGAAAAGGGGCCCGUGAAGAAACGGCUUUCGUAUCCUGGGUCGCCAGCUAGGCCCAGACGUCAUUCGGGCCCGCCCAAAGUUGGUGGAGGCAAUGGCAUUGGGAUUGGUGUGGCACCAAAUGGGAGUAGUGGAGUGGUGAGUUGAGGGAAGUGAGAGAAAAAAGUGUUGUGCAUUGUUUAGUAAAAUUUAUAAGUUAUAAGGUCAAAAGUUGAGAAAAAAGAAAAGAAAGGGGUGGGAGGUGAAAUUGAUUUGUUGUUAUUUAAGUUAUUUGAUUUAUGGGUGAAAGAUUUGUGUUGGAAUGAAUUUUUUUUCUUGUUUUGUGUCUUUGUGUGAAUUUCAAAAUGGAAUGUUUAUUGUUAAAAUUUCUUUGUUGCUUCCAUUUAGAUAAAUCCUUUUACCUUUAUAUGUACAAAUGGUGUGAGUGAGAUUCUGAAAAUAAAGUUUUAUGUUGCUGUUGGU